GAAGAGGAAUCGAUGGAGAGCUCGAGCGGCUCCUCCGGUGCCGACUCGCUUCUUCCGAUCCCUAACCCUAUCGCUCGAAGGGCGAAGAAGAGGAGCAAGAAAAAGGGGGCCGAGGCGAUGGGGAUGGAGGCCGCGUGGCCGCGGAGGAGCCGGCCGGGCGGCGGAGUUACCCUAGAGGGGUACAUGGAGACGGCGGAGGGCGCCGAUCCAGUGUCGGAUGGCGCCGUAGGGGUCGGGAGGACGAGGAGCCUCACCGACGAUGACUUGGACGAGCUAAAGGGGUGCUUGGACCUCGGAUUCGGCUUCAGCUACGAGGAGAUCCCCGAGCUCUGCGGGACCUUGCCGGCGUUGGAGCUCUGCUACUCGAUGAGCCGGUCGUUGGAGGUGACCGAUGAGGCGUCCUCGUCAGCGCAGAGCAGCGCUCAGCCUCCCGUUGCCAAUUGGAGAAUCUCCCGUCCUGGCGAUGAUCCUGAAGAAGUUAAAGCGAGAUUGAAAUAUUGGGCUCAAGCAGUGGCAUGUACUGUCAAAUUGUGUUGCUGAUAGAACAUGGAAAAAUUCUUUAAUCUAUUUCAAUCCGAGCAAAUUCUCUCAUCAAUUCUGCUUGAGAUGAGCCAACUUUGCAUAUAAAUCAGCAGAUGAAGCAGGAGGAAGAAGACUAACAGAACUGGUCAUGAAAAAUCUUCUUCACCAAUCAUGUUUUGUUUCAUGUUCUAUCGACAUUAUGAAUAAUGAAUCAUAUUUUUGCUGCAUUUGAGAUGAA